AUUCGAGAGGGGACGCAUGUUUUUUAUACCUUGCGUCUCUCCCAUAAAAAUUUUUCUACAGAGUGGAUUGCGUUAGAGGCAAAUUUCAGCGUGAGGCUGUGCAAACAGAUAUCGAAAAAUCCGGCCAUUUUGCGCAAAACUUGUCUUUGGGUGCUGGUGAAUAAACGUCGCAGUCACUGCCUUUCAGUAAGCCCUAUUUCAUUCUGAUAUCGCGUACUGGGUUCUUCUGAAUUACGAAAAACAAGACAAAGUCGGUCAAAAAAAUCGCGUACGUAUCUGAAACCAUCUGCAAUUAAUAAUGACAAAACGCUCAAAUUUUCGGUUUUGAAAAAGUUUUGAUUAUGUGCAUACUAUUUUCAUAGCCGAUGUUACGGUUCAUAGAUGACGUAUUGGGCCGGUGUAAAGGUUGUUAUUUUAAUGUGUUGCCGAGCGCGCGUGACACAGCACCUAGAUUUCUUGAACAGCAGUUUCGUCAUAUCGCAAGUCUCCGCUUUUCGCCUCCAUCAAGUCCUUGUCACAUCAACUCGUUUUCUAGAUUGAAGUUCAAAAAAAUAAGUUGGCUUUUAAAUUACUGGAAACCAAGCUAUCUAGCCUGUCUUUCUGCAAAAAGCCUAGCAUGUUAUUCUCUCGCCUAUUGUUCAGCGGCACGAGAUAAUACGGAAGACACCCAUCAUACACCUUGGGAUUCCUUGUUUGACCAGCUGUCGAAGAGAGGACCUAGACUGGAGGUCGAUGCCAAAAACAUAAAAAUUUUGUCAUCUCCAGAAGCAUUUUUCAACCAGCUCAAAGCGGGAAUUUCAAAGGCAAGAUCUCGCAUUGUUCUGAGUUCCUUGUACAUUGGCGCUGAGCUCCUUCCGUGCGAACUGAUCAAUACUAUAUAUAAUACUCUGGAGCAACGGCCCAAUAUCCACCUUACUAUACUUCUCGACUAUUCGAGAAGUACGCGUCGACUGCCUUCAGAGCAUUCAUUCCAGUCUUUCCUCAGUCCACCUAAAUACUUCUACCAGAUUCUCUGUCGACUAAAAAAAGCCUUUCCAUCGCGCGUCUCCCUCUACCUUUUCCACACCCCCCAGUUGUAUUGGGCCCCGAAGAUGUUGAUCCAUGGAAGGUACCGAGAACUAAUCGGUGUCCAACACAUCAAGUGCUACAUCUUCGAUGAUAACCUACUCAUUUCCGGGGCAAAUCUCUGUCAACAAUACUUUACCAACCGUCAAGACCGAUAUAUGUGGAUUUGUCAAUCACCGAAUGUGUGCAAUUUUUACCACAGGCUCAUCAACGCUAUUGGCCAUUACUCUUUUUAUCUUAGUUCAGCCGUCGAAUACCCUAUGUUUUCAAAGAGAAAACCAGAUCCAUCUUUCUCCACUACAGAAUUCAAAGAACAAUUCAAGAAAGAAAUAGCGCAGCUUUUCAAUGCGGCGUGUCUAGAAAAACAACACAAGAACCAACCCUCACGUGCCUCUUCAGAUACCUGGAUUUUUCCGACCAUACAAUUUAAACCAGCACAAAUUCUGCACGAUCAAGAGGUUUGUGAACUUCUGCUUACCUUAGGCCUCCAAUCAAAAGUAAAUUCAACCUGUUGCAUAGCGUCUCCCUACUUCAAUUUCACAGAUACAUAUCAACGCUGCAUAUCCAUGUCUGAAAAACAAAUAAACAUCAUAGUGGCCUCUCCUCAGGCAAACGGGUUCUACAAAAAAGGACCCCUUCUGGGCUUAAUUCCCCACGCCUAUCAAUACCUCCUAAAAAAAUUCCUUGAAGCGCUGCCAUCUAAAACACAUGUAGAGGUUAAUGAAUAUCGACGAGAGUACUGGACAUUCCAUUCAAAGGGCCUCUGGCUUGACCUUUUUACGUCAAACAAAUCACUUCCAUCCGCAUCGAUUACUGCCAUCGGUUCAAGCAACUUUGGUGUCCGCUCUGUAGAACGGGAUUUGGAAUCGCAGUUGAUCAUAUUUACGAAAAAUAAUAACCUAAUCAAUCAUUUAAAAGCAGAGAAAAAAAAUCUUCUCAAAAAUUCAAAACCUAUCACCUCUUCCUCACUGAAUAAAGAGACCGAUUUGCCCUCCAUCUUAAUACCAUUCAUCGCUUCAAUUGCAAGGAAAUACAUGUAGGAAAGUUUUGGAAAGCGUCAAUGAAACCAAAAAAAAUACAGCAGAUUCGCCGAAGUUGUUGACUCCUAUAAUUAACAGGUGUUUGUCAGUAAUUCAAAAAAAAAAAAACAAA